AUGAGACGGAUCACCGUGGCCGUUCGUACCGUGUGUAUGGGCCCUCGGCCCCGGUAUGACUACAAAGCAUUGGUUUUAUCGAUAAAGAUGCCCGGGGUGUCCAGUUUGCCGCCUGGUAGGGCAUUUAAUGGUCUUCAGGCGCCUCAGAGAGGGCUGCAAUUCCCGGUGGACUCUCUCAUGGCCAAAGAGCCGACUUUUUUGCAUUUAGUUCAGGAGGUGAUUGAACAGCCGAUGCGGGAGGGCGAAAAGAAUCUCAAGGGCGCGUUACGCAAGCUGCAGAUGCAAAAGCUGCGUGUUCUGGCCCGGAUCAAACAGCUGAACCUGGGGUUGGAGGAGCAGGUGAGAAAGGUGGCGGCUAACAGACUCAUAGAUCAUUCCAGCCUGCUGAAGUUCUUGGAAACGUGUUCUAUGGGCGAUGGAGGAGAUGCGCAGCUAUCGCUGUCUACAACUAUGUUACUGAGUCAACAGAUGGUGGCUGAUGGGGAAUUCGAGCUGGUGGCCGACUUUCUAGCCAACCAGUUCUCGUUCGGAGACAUUCUCAAGCUGGGGGGCCAGAUUAUUGCCGACGGAGGGCCUAAAAUCAAACAGAAGCAAGUGGUCACGGCAUUCGAGCUGUGCAGGGCGUUCGAUAAGCAUGGGUUUGCCCAACAACUGGCCCGAGGGCUAUGGAUCGGAGAGAUGAACCGAGGAAUACAGUUUUGUCUGGGGCUGGAUGACUGUGCGACAGAACAACAGCUUCAAGAUUUUCUGUACCACAAUGACCGGAUCAACUACCGCUUGUCCAGGUACAAUAGUGGGGCAUUCAUAUUGGACGACGCCCUUAAGCCCUAUGAGAAGAUGAGGCUGCUGGAAAAGUACGUGCAAUUGGGAAACACGGAAAUUCUGCGCAACUUGUUUUUCAACCAGGCUGCGGAAAAACACCAUGAAUGGAUCCAUGUAUGCAUCGAGAGGGUGGUUCAAAUGGCUAUCAGUGACCCUCGACUUUUAGGAGUUGUCAAGGUCGUUUUGGAGAAGAAGAAGGACCUUCCAGUAUGGUGUACUGCUAGAAUAACGGCUCUAGUGACCGACCAGAAGUCUCUCCGAGGUCUCUGGGCGAGAUACAGUGCCCAAUACUCCCAUUUGGUUGAAGAUGAGACCGCCAAACAGAACAUGGUCGCGUUUCUGGAGAAGGCUGUGGCUUUGGGAGACAUUUAUUCGGCCAGCAAAAUUACCAAGGUGCUUGGAGAGAACACUCCAAUUCCGCUAGUUAAGCAGUACCUGCACUUGCUGUUUGGCAACCGUCUACACAAGCGUGAAUCUAACAAGUUUGAUCUGAUUACUCGCCUUUUGGAUGCCAAUUCGAGCGAUCCUUCGGGGGUAAUGAAAGCCGUGGGUGCAGUGUGGCCUCAUAAACGGUACCAUAUGUCGGAGGUGCUUCUAUGGGACCUGAUACGUGCCUUUGAGGCCAGUAAGCUGACCCAUUGGUCUGAGCUUCUAGAGGAACAUUUUGCUCGGGCUAUUUUUACUCGUCCUCCAGUCGAAAAGGUUGAGUACUACUUCUUACCCAAGGUUUCUGUGAGAGCCAUCUGGCUGUGUAUUCAGACAGAACUGACUAAAGCCAUGCAUGCUAAGAAGGGUGAUGUGGAUCGAAGCGGAAGUCUGCAGUUGAUCACUAUUGCUCUUAUGGCUAUCAGAAUGAAGUCCAGCAGGACGCGGUUCCAACGGCGCGAGAUCUCGAAAGCUGAGAAAGAGGGACCCGAAGAAGAGAACCGUCAACAGCCAGACACCAGUAUGGUCAUUUCCAACCCCUACUCUGACCUCGAUUUGAGUCUACUGCCUCCUCGGGCUCAGCUCGAACGGCUUCGGGUCCCCAGUGAGUAUCUGGAGAUUCGGGAUAUGGACAUGCUCUUACUACAGCAAAUUGGCAAACAAGUGAAGCCAUUUUAA